GCCACUGCAUCACACUGUUGGCUCUUUUUAGCUGUUCACUAGCACUUCAAGAUCCAUCUCACAGUUACUGCUAUUGAGCCAGGUUGUACCUAUUCUGUACAUUGCCAUUUGGUUUUUCUUGGCUAAGUGUACAACCUAAUUUUUUUCUCCGUUGAAUUUCAUUUUGUUGGCCCAGUGUUCAAAUCUAUAGAGAUUCUUCUGUAUCUUGAGUUUGUCUUCUAGUAUGGUGGCUAUUCCUGCCAUCUUAGUGUUGUCUCCAAAUUUGAUGAGUUUCCCUUCUAUUCAUUCAUCGAAAUUGUUUAUGAAGAUACUGAAGAAUAAUGGGCCUAAGAGGGAGCCUUAUAGUACCCCACUGCUUACUUCCCUCCAUAUAGAUGUAGUCCCAUUGACUAACGGUUGAGUGCAGUUGUCAGCCAGUUACAAAUCCAUUGGAUGGUGAUGCUAUCUAUUCCACAUUUUCUUCACUUACCAAGAAGUAGAUUGUGGUCUACUUUAUCAAAUGCCUUACUGAAAUUCCAGUAUAAUGUGUCCAUAGCAUUUUGCUGAUUUAAUUUAGACACUUUCUCAAAGAAGGAAAUAAGAAUUUUUUUGUCAGUCUUUUUUCAACAAACCGAUGUUGGCUUCUGGUUAUAAGUUUGCUUGCUUCCAGAUGUUCGUAGAUCAAUUGUUUGGUUCUUUUUCAGGAUCUUCUCAGGCAUUGAUGUCAGGCUGAUUGGUUUGUAGUUUUGUGAAUCCAUUUUUUCCCCUUUUUUGAAGAUUGGAACUGCAUCAGUGUUCUGCACCAAGUCACACUGGCAAGGCAAGGUUUAGGUAGUGUCUGUUUAUUGCUCACUUAUCACCGUGUCAAAUGAAACACCAAUGGUGCCAGUGAAGCUCCACACCAGCCCUCUGUUCCCAGUCUGGAUUCCCCUGCUGUAAAAGUAGACCCUAGCUGAACAUGAGGCAAAGAGGGAAGUAAUGAUACCCACAAGUCCAGGUUUUCAAUAACAAAAGCACAGUCCAAUAGUCAAGUCCACAAGGAAAAUCUGAGGUUUAGAGUACAAAAACACAGUCCAAAGUUCAAGAGACGGGAUCAAGUAAAGCUGGAAAGUGCACAUCAAAACAAGCAGGUGUUCCCAAGAAACACACUUUUACCCAGCAUCUGGUUAAAUCACCCUUCCACAGCUGUUUUUUGUGUGGAGAGCUGGAGCUGCUUCCUCUCAAGUAGCCUUGCUGACCUCCUCCGUGCCUCCCUCCGGUCUGCUCUCAUCACCCGUGGAUCGAGUGGAGGAGCAGUUCUUCUUAAUCAGAGGUGGUCUGGAGACUCUCAUCUCUGCUGGCUGGCUGUAGCUGGUCUGCUUGUUUUUUUGAACUUCCAUGUCUUCGCAGCAGAAAAGAUGGCAAUAAAAGCACACUGGACAACUGAUGAUAAUGUCAGGGUUCCAACUGAUUCCCUAAUUAAAUCAUGAGCCUUGAGUCAAGCUUCAAAAUAAUUCCACUUAUUAGGAGACGAAGCCCCACCCCGGGCAACCCCUACAGUGGGACCUAACCUGCCCAAAGGCAUUUGAAACACUAAAAGAACUUUUUGCAAAGGACUGGUGCUGAAGCAUCCUGACCCCGAACAACCCUUCAUUAUCCAAGCCAGUGACGUGACACUGGGAGCAAAGAAAUUGGCUAUUAUCCAAAGAAAUAGCCAAGGAAAACUACAGCUCUGCGCCUACAUCUCCUACAAGCUCAUGGACACAGAGAGGCCGCAUGGGAAAAAGAGGCUUUUACAGUAAGAUGGGCACUGCUAACCUGACGCCACCUGCUGGAAGAGGGGCAGAAACCGUUUGAACUCUGGACUGACCACAAAAAUCUGAACAUUUUUUCACUUACCCAGUAAAACGGGUGGACAAGCCCCGAGGGGGGCUCGCUUGUGGCCCAAGCUCCUGGCACAUGCUAUGUAUGACCCACUUCGGGGACAGCAUCAGGUGAGGAGUUUGACUGGGGUGGUACACCUGUCAAACUGUAACGCAAGUGUCCUAAGGUGAGCUCAGAGAGGGCAGAAACUUCCCGCGGAGAUUCAAGCCAGAAAUCAAAAUAUUUUUCAUUUCCUUUAAAAAACCACAAAAUUCUUCUUCUUCCUGAUCAGGUGAGAGAUAAAGGAGAGGAAAAUUAAGAAGAAAUUUCGAGCUGGAAAAAGUAGAGUAUGCAAAACUCAAGGAUACAUUACAUGAAAAGUCAAGGGAGAUUAUUUUUUAUUCAGAAAAAAGAGGGAAAUAUCUGGAACUCACUGGGGAGGAAGAAGUCACUUGGAGAGCCACGUAGGGCAGACAGAGAUGCAGGCCUCGCUCUGGCAGAAAACUGGCUUUAAUCAAAAUACUUCUAAACAAGGGAUCACAUGAAUUUUUGACCUCAAGAAUAUAAAUGUUGGGAAAGCUCCAUAGAUGAACCUAUUGUGAGGAAAAGCACAGAUUGCAAAUCACAGCUGAUUAUGCACAAGAUCAUCCACACAGGAGAAAAGUCUUAAAAGUGCUCCCAAUGUGGUAAAUACUAUACUAAGCAUAAGGACUCACAACAGGAAGAAAAAAAAUUGAAGAAGAGAAACCCUUUGAAUGCCCUAUCUGUGAGAAAAGGUUCAGUCACAAUUACAGCCUAAUGAACCACCAGACGACACACACAGGAAAGAAACCCUUUGAAUGUCUUGAUUGUGGAAAAGGUUUCAUUACAAAUUCCCACCUUGUUAGGCACCAGAGGACUCACACAGGAGAGAAACCCUUUGAAUGCCCUGAUUGUGGGAAAGCUUUCAGUCAAAAUUCGAACCUGGUGAUACACCAGAGGACUCACACAGGAGAGAAACUCUUUGAAUGCCCCGAUUGUGGAAAAAGUUUCGUUAGAAAUCCUCACCUGAUUAGCCACCAGAGGAUUCACACAGAAGGGAUAUCCUUUCAAUGUCUUGAUUGUGGAAAAUGUUUCAGUGAGAAUUUCAGCCUGGUGAAACACCAGAGGACUCACACAGUAAAGAAACAAUUUGAAUGUCCUGAUUGUGGGAAACAUUUCAGCGAUAAUUCCAGCCUACUGAUACACCAGAGGAAUCACACAGGAGAUAGACCCUUUCAAUGUCCUGAUUGUGGGAAAAGUUUCAGUAGGAAUUCCGACCUGGUGAUACACCAUAGGACUCACACAGGAGAGAAACCCUUUCAAUGUCCUGAUUGUGGGAAAAGUUUCUAUCGGAAUUCCGAUCUGCUAAAACACCAUAGGACUCACACAGGAGAGAAACCCUUUCAAUGUUCUUAUUGUGGGAAAAGUUUCAGUCAGAAUUCCAACCUCGUGACACACCAGAGGACUCACACAGGAGAGAAACUAUAUGAGUGUCCAGACUGUGGGAAAGAUUUCAGUACUAGGGCUAGCCUUUUAAAUCAUGUGCUUAUACACACAGGGGAGAAACCAUUUAAGUGCCCCGAGUGUGGACAGUGCUUCAGGAACCCUUCCACCCUUACUGCACAUAAGAAAAUCCACCUACGACCCUAAGUGAUGAGUGUAGAGAAGGCUUGAAUUUCAUUUCAAAUGUCCCAUUGUAAGUUCAGCUGAGAAAUUGACUCUUUAAUUUGAAUACAAACAAUUUGCCUGAUUUUUUGUCAUCAAAUAUGAUAUGGUAUUAGAUGGGAAGGAAGAAAGAAAAAAAAUUGGAACAUGUUCAUUUGAUAAUGUUGUCUGGCCAUCAGGAGCAGCAGUUGCUGGAUAUUUAUUUUUGCAGAAAUUGUACAAUUCUGCAAAAAUCUUUUUAGGAGUGUUCUUUGCCUUUUUUAUCAUAAUAAAUGAUAGAAAUGCCCCAUGCAGAGUACCAGCCUUCUUCUCCCUGGGUAUCCUCGAGAUUUUCAGCCCCACAAUUCUCCAGGCAGCAUCCCUUCACAAUAAGAGCUAUCUAUCCCACAUUUUCUUCACUUGCCAAGAAGUUGAUUGAGGUCUACUUUAUCAAAUGCCUUACUGAAAUUCCAAUAUACUGUAUCCACAGCAUUUUGUAUCAAAUGGAUCAUGAUUAAUGCAAAGAAGAUGGCAAUAAGAACACACUGGAAAACUGAUAAUAACAAGCAACUUUGAAAAGGAAAGAAAAUCAAGCCAGAAAUCAAAAUGUUUCUUUCACACAAUUCUCCUUCUCCAGCAGCAGAUAAACAAAAGAGAAAAAAUUAAGAAAGAUUUCAAACUGGAAUAAGUAGAUUAUACAGAACUCAAGCAUACAUUACAUGAAUAGUCAAGGGAGACUUUUUUUUCCAGAAAUAGAGGGAAAUAUCUGGCAGUUACUGGGAAGGAAAAAGAUCAUUUGGAGAGCCACGUAGGGCAGACAGAAGCAGGCCUCACUGCUUCUGUCACUGGGAAGUGUUCCCUCAUUGGGAAGAAAAAACCGGAUUUAAUCAAAACACGACUAAACAAUGGAUCAUACAUAUUUUUAACCUCAAAAAUUUAAGUGUUGGAAAAGCUCCAUAGAUAUGCCUGUUGUGGGAAAAACACAGGAUCUAAAUCGCAGCUGAUUAUGUACAAGGACAUCCACACAGGAAACAAGUUUUAAAAGUGCUCCCAAUGUGGUAUAUAUUUAUUUAUUUUAUUUAUUAGUUCAAUUUAUAUGCCGCCUUUCUCCGGAGACUCAGGGCGGCUUACAAUGCGUUUUAAAAAAAAACCAUUAUAAAAAUAUUUAAAAAUUAAAACAUUAAAACCCAUUCACACCAU